AUGAGGAAACCACUUUUAUCAAUUGGAUUAUCACAAUUCGGGCUCAGUGUACUUCAGGUGCAGAAUUUGAAGACUUUUUAUCACAAAAACUUGGAUUUCAGACUUUGUUCAUGUUUUAUUAUGUAAAAGUUUAUAUUAAUCAGUUCCAUGUCAACACCAAAUGGUUCAAUGUUGCUCAGACGCUUUUUAUGGUCUGGAAUACAAUCAACGAUCCUCUUUUUGGCUAUCUACAGGUAGAAUUACCCAAUUUUCAUUAUAGAAUCCGAAUAGUUCUCAGGAAGUACGUGGUUCAUGGCUCAACAACCGAUUUCUAGUCAUCAAAACUCUCUCGCCCUUUCUAGUCGUGUCGUUCGUAUUCAUGUGGAUCCCGUGGAAUACGAAAGGAUCCGAUCUCGAAGGACUUCAUCUGAUUCUCUCACUCUUCUUAUACGACGCCUUCUUCAGUGCUAUUGGCGUCGCCUGGGGAGCUCUCUUUGCCGAUACAACUCAGAAUCAACCUAUCGUUCGGGUGAAAGCACUGAAGUAUUCACAAAUUGCCAUUCUCGUCUCUGUUUUCUCAAUUGCCGUCACAGAGAAAUUGAGUCUAAGUCUGAAGAACUUUAAAGUAUUCCAAGGAAUCUGUUUCUCUGUUGCCUUUCUUUCCUUCGUUUGCCUGUGGUGUGCAGGUCAUCUAGGAGAAAAACGAACAGAAAGAAAUGGAGAGCAAGACGAUCAGGAGAUUUUGAUACAAGAGGAAGCGGGAGAUGCGAAUCUGUAAGUAGGUACUUUGAAUUCUUAUAUUAAUUGAAAAUAUUCAGAACAUUCAAAGAAAAUAUGAAAAAUUCGAUCUGCCUCACGAAACAAGUAAUAUCUCAACGACAGUUUCUCGCCAUAGCCGUUACGAACUUCUUCCACACUGCCAGGUGAGUUUUCAAUCGAAUAACUUUGGCUUAUUUGCAGUUUUCAGGAGUAUCGCCCACAUGAACUUCGCAUCGAUCAUCACAGAAGUCGUGAUCCCACAGGACAUUCUGCCCAGUGGCUCUGUUCGUCUCAGCCUCUUCUUCAUGCUGCUCACACUCGGCCCUCAAAUAGUGCUGAUUGUGAACGAGAAGUUGAUCGCAAGAGUCGGAGCAGUCAAGGUGAUGGUCAUCAGCUAUCUCGUUUCGUUCUUUUCCGGAUUCAUGAUCAUCUUCUCCUAUAAUCCGUACUUCACAAUGCUAUUCAUGUUUAUCGAUUGGUUUGACUGCUCGGUUUUUCUGUCAACCCUUUUCGAAUGUUCAGCAUCACGGUCCACACAAUAGCCCCUCUUUUCAACAUUAUUAUUUCGGAUUUUGUGGACGAUGACGCACGGAAGAACACUCGGAGCGCGGGCAUUCCUUCUAUCAUCUUCAGUCUCAAUGCACUCUUCGUCAAACCCGCCCAGUCUGUCGCGCCUGUACUCAUUGUUCAUCUGCUAAAUCAGUCUGGUUAUCAGGCAAGUCAUUCUGUCCGUUCACUGAUAACGUUCCUUCCCUUUCAUUACAGGAGUACCUGAAAACUAAAAUCUCGACGGAAGAUCUAAGAAACACAAUUCUUCUUAUCCUCUUCAUGACUCCUGCAGUCAUCGGUGGCAUACAAUAUCUCGUCAUGAAAACCAUGUACAACAUCCGGAGACCGCCUCCGCGCACUACUCACGUCAUCUAAUAAUCAUCUUCAUACUGAUAUAGAACAGGGUCACAUAAUAAUAUUAUCGGGUUUUUAAUAUGAUUUCUGUCAAUUAUAGUCAGUUCUUACAACUUAUUUAGCACCGGUCAUUUCUUUUCUGUGAUAAACACCGCCUUUCCCUGUACCUGUUGAUUUCCCGUUUGUACAUAAACUCUCGUGUCUCCCUCGCUUUGAUGUCUAUCUAGUCACGUGGCUGCCCAUUCCGCCCUUCUAUACCGCUUUUCGUUCCGCUUUUUCAGUCUCUCAUUCUUCCGAUUCCAGAUGCUCAUCGCCCUAACAGUAGCAGCGGAUGCUCUCCGGCCCGUCGUGCCCUGCUCCCUUCUGUCCCUCUCCAUGGUCCCAUUUGCCUCUUGCUCCCUCGUCAUCGGCGGAAUCUCGUGGAUUGUUCCCGGACACAUGGCACAGAAGCUUGACAACUUUCUCUACAAAUCCUACAUGAGACUGUGUCUCUUCGUUUUCGAAAACAUCUCUGGAGUUGAAAUCUUCGUGCAUGGCGGGAAAGAAGUUAUUAAAAAUAGCGGAGAGCCGGAGAAUGCCGUCGUUCUCUCAAAUCAUCAGACUAACGUCGACUGGAUUAUUCCGGUGAUCCUUGCGGCAAGACAUGGAGACCAGGGAAACGAGCAGGCGUUUCGAGUGAUGGUCAAGCAGUCGAUCCACUUGGUUCCCAUGUUCGGAUGGUACAUCUUCCAGCACGGAUACAUCUACGUCCGCCGGUUCGGAGAGUUCAUCGGAGCUCCGGUGCUCCGGCAACUCAAGUGGCUCAAUGAGUCUGAUCCUCCGUUUUGGCUGCUGAUUUUUCCCGAAGGAACUCGUUUGUCGCCCAAAAAGAAGCAGUUGAUCGAGAGCAGCAAUCGAUUCCUGGAGAAGGCUGUGAGUGUCUGCCCGGCGCGUAUUUUUCGUUCCCCCUCAUCCGUCCAAAUGGCGCACUUCAGGGACGUCCGCCGAUGCGAAAUGUGUUGUGUCCGCGCAGUGGCGGAUUACAAUUGGCACUCGACAAUUUGUCGACACUUGACGCUAUCUAUGAUGUUACUGUAAUGUACGGCCAAACGAGGUUUGUGUAUAAUUCGGCUUUGCGGCCGCCAGAUACCCGCUAAUCAGGUUAUGUUUGAGGAUGAAUAACCGUCGCGGAAUGGCGCCCGGAAUGUUCGAGUUCUGCUGCGGACCACAAGCACACAAACAGUUGCACAUUCAUCUUAGUCGGAUUCCGAUUGAGCAGGUACUUCUGGAGGCGUCCGCCGGAUGUACUGAAAUAUUUGUUUUGCAGGUUCCAAAAGAGAAAUUGGAGCUUCGAAACUGGACGACUGACCGAUUCACACUAAAGGAGAGGUAUUCGUGUCAAACAUCCAUUCAUCUUGAGCCCCCGAUUCCAGAAUAAUUGACGACUUCUAUUCGGAUUCUCCGUCCGCCGGAAGCACCCUCCCGUGUGUGCCCAUCUCCCAAACACUUCCGUCCGCGAUCUUCUUUUCCGCUGCUCUCAUUGCUCCGUUCUUCAGUCGGACCAUCGGAAGAGUCUACUUGCUCACUAUCGCCUCAUCACCUCUUCUCAUCGCAUGGCUUCACAUCCGUCGUUGUGUAUAA